AUGUCCGACGAAGACCAACAUACUACGAGUGUUCGCUCAGAAACAAGAGAGACGUGGGGACAUAGAGUAGAUGGCAUCAUCACUAUGUUGGGCUACAGCGUUGGAGAUGGAACUUUGCUCAAGUUUCCUUACCUGUGCGCCAGAAACGGCGGAGGCGCCUUCCUGAUCCCCUAUCUGCUUUUUGUGGGUCUCUGUUCACUUCCGUUAUACUUCCAAGAGGUCGUCAUCGGGCAGUACUACCAGAGAGGCCCAGUUGAGGUGUGGAAAUUUUGCCCCGCCAUGAAAGGUCUGGGUUUGGGUUCGGCGUUGGUGUCGUGGGUGUACGCCAUGUACACCUCCAUGUACUUCUCCUGGUACCUCUACUUCUUCUUCAACUCCUUCCUCAACCCCUUGCCCUGGUCCACGUGUGGCAACUACUGGAACACGCCCAGCUGUGUGGAGUCGACGCUGCGGCAUGCUGGGAUGAACACCACGGUGAAUGGCACUGGAUAUCUACAAGGUGACAUAAACACUACGAAGUUGGAUCUCCUGAAUAUGUCCACUGAUGGUUUUGCCAGCGCCACUGAAGAAUUCUGGAGGCAGGUUACGCACAAUACAGUCAAACACGUUUGUGUCGAAGUUUGAUGUGUCGA